AUGAUAAUUCCGGAUGGGCUCAGGCUCAACGGCACAUCAUUUUCGCCAAGAGGCCGUUUCCUUACGGCGGGCCGUACCUUCGAGCCUGGCGAGCUCAUCGCCCAUUUCACUACCCCAAGUAUCGCACUUCCCGAUUCGCCAUCACUUAGUUUGACCUGCUCCUACUGCCUCCGUACCGAUACCACGGUGCGUGCGUGUACUGGCUGUCGAGGCACUUAUUACUGCUCCGCGCCGUGCCAAAAAGCAGACUGGGGCCUGGUGCACAAAGCAGAAUGCAAGGUAUUCAAGAGGGUCAAGUCCGAGGGCCAUGAUUUCUUACCAACGCCGGUUCGGGCACUCCUCCACGUUCUGCUGCGAGCAGACAUGAGAAAUGCGGCCUCUGAGCUGGAGGGCCAUGUCGAGGCCUUCAGGAAAGACGGGGGAGAAUGGAAGAAUGCAGAGCUACAAGCAAUGGGUGCGCUACACUACUUGGAGCUUGAGAUGACGCAGAAGCGUAUUAGUGAAGCUGUUGAGCUCGGAUGCAAGGACGAAGACAUUGGCCAGACCGGCGUUUUUGUUAAUCCAGCGUUGGCAAUGUUGAACCACUCCUGCGUGCCGAACGCCUUCGUGCAGUUCAGUGGUAGGAAAGCCAUCUUACGAGCCAAUAUCACCAUAGAGGAAGGCCAGGAGGUGGUGAUAUCUUAUAUUAAUUCUAGCUUGUACCGGUCGCGCAGACAACAAGCUCUCAGAGAGCAAUACCACUUUUCCUGCACAUGCCUCAGGUGUAGUGACGAUUUGGAUGUCUAUCAAGUGGCAAAAAUAUAUCCCGAUGGCAAGCUUAACAAUUUGAGCCUCAAACCUGAUCUAGAACUAUCGGACAAGCCAGCUAUUGCUACCUCAGUCAAGAGCAUACAUACUCAGAUCGACAAGAUUUACGCAGCUGUCUCUUCAGACCCUCCAGUUGAGCUUGCCGCAAUUAGGAAACACUGGCAGCUCUGUGGGCCGCUUCGUAAAGCCAACCUCUUUGCUAUCGAGCCAUUGCCACAGACCAUGGCAGGAGCUAGUAUAUAUUUUGUGAAGCUCGGCAACUUCCCAUUCAGUCUAGCCGUGUCUUGUUUCCUAGCCGUGCAUAUCGACCCUUUCACGAAUCCCAUGCCGUUCGGUCCAUCCAGGAUCAAGGGUCUGCAGAUGGUUGCCAAUCUUUUGAGCAACACAGGUCCGAUGUCUGGCUCAGAGACACCAAGCUCUGACAACUCUCUCAAUGGCAGGGUGGCGCAGGCCUUGAGUAAGAUGGACCAGGCCACCAUUGCCCAAGCUGUUCUUGCCAUCAUUGCGCAUUGGGCACCUUUCGCGCAUUCGAAGGAAUGGCAGAUAUACCGGGACGCUAGCAUGCAGCUGAAUGACAUCGAAGAUCUACCUGGCCGAGGAAAGGAGAGAGAUCUGGUCAAACUUUGGGUGACUACGCCAGAUGAUGUCGAGGCGGCAAUGUUCUUUGACUAUGCCGUGUUGAAGCCAGUCCGUAAGCUGGCGGGCUUUGCCUUGGAGAUUAUGGAUGCCGAAUUCAGCGGAAAACAAGGGUUACUUGGUGAUAGAUAA